AUAGCCACACACGUGCGCGGCUGUUGCGCUCAAUUUUUCUUGAGUUUUUAUACGAAAUUGUGGUGUAAAUCAGGCGAAAUGGGUUCCAGGCGACCGCAGGAUGUGCACAUGUUCCCCUCGGACCUGGAGUUCGCCGUGUUCACGGACCAGGAGAUCCGCAAGCUGAGCGUGGUGAAGGUGAUCACGGGCAUCACAUUCGAUUCACUGGGCCAUGCGAUGCCCGGAGGUCUGUACGACAUUCGAAUGGGCUCCUACGGUCGGUGCAUGGAUCCCUGCGGCACGUGCCUGAAGCUGCAGGACUGCCCCGGGCACAUGGGUCACAUCGAGCUUAGCACACCCGUCUACAAUCCUUUCUUUAUAAAGCUAGUGCAGCGACUGCUGUGCAUAUUCUGCUUGCACUGCUACAAGCUGCAGAUGAAGGACCACGAAUGCGAGAUCAUCAUGCUGCAGCUGCGCCUCAUCGACGCAGGCUACAUCAUCGAGGCCCAGGAGCUGGAGCUCUUCAAAUCGGAGAUCGUCUGCCAGAACUCCGAUGAGAUGGUGUCCCUGCGCAACGGCGAUUUGGUACACCCCAACAUUGCCGCCAUGUACAGUCUGCUGGAGAAGAACGAGAAGAACUCCAGCAACUCCACCAAGACCAGCUGCUCCCUGCGCACGGCAAUCACGCACGGUGCACUGCAGCGAUUGGGCAAAAAGUGCCGGCACUGCAACAAGUCCAUGCGGUAUGUGCGCUAUAUGCACCGGCGGCUCGUAUUCUACGUCACCCUGGCAGACAUCAAGGAGCGCGUUGGUGGUGUCUCCGAAAUCGGUGGUCAGAACAAGGUUAUCUUUGCGGACGAAUGCCGUCGUUAUAUGCGCCAGAUAUACGCCAAUUAUCCAGAGCUAUUGAAGCUCCUGGUACCUGUUUUGGCGCUUAGCAACACGGACGAGUUGCAGGGCGAUCGAUCGCCGGUUGAUCUGUUUUUUAUGGACACCAUUCCAGUGACGCCUCCACGCGCUCGUCCCAUGAACAUGAUCGGGGACAUGCUGAAAGGAAAUCCCCAAACGGACAUCUACAUCCACAUCAUCGAGAACAACCAUGUGCUGAAUGUGGUUCUGAAGUACAUGAAAGGCAACAGCGAGCAGCUCACGGAUGAGGCUAAGGCAGCCUAUCAGACUCUUAAAGGCGCCACAGCCCACGAGAAAUUGUAUAACGCUUGGCUGGCCCUCCAAACUUCUGUGGAUGUGCUCCUCGACGUGAACAUGUCCCGGGAGAUGAAAUCUGCUGAAGGUCUAAAGCAGGUUAUUGAAAAGAAAGAUGGCCUGAUCCGUAAGCACAUGAUGGGCAAGCGUGUCAAUUACGCCGCUCGUACAGUCAUCACCCCCGAUCCCAAUAUAAACGUGGAUGAGAUCGGUAUUCCUGAUAUAUUUGCGAAGAAGUUGUCUUAUCCCGUCCCCGUGACCGAAUGGAACGUCACGGAGCUGCGCAAGAUGGUGAAGAACGGUCCGGACGUGCACCCAGGAGCGAACUACAUCCAGGAUAGGAACGGAUUCACCACCUAUAUACCGGCUGACAAUGCGGCCAAGCGGGAGAGUAUGGCCAAGCUCCUUCUUUCGAAUCCUAAGGAUGGCGUCAAGAUCGUCCAUCGGCACGUGCUUAAUGGGGAUGUCCUGCUGCUUAACCGACAGCCCUCGCUGCAUAAGCCCUCCAUUAUGGCACACAAGGCUCGCAUCCUGCACGGCGAGAAGACCUUCCGGUUGCACUACUCCAAUUGCAAGGCAUACAACGCCGAUUUUGACGGGGACGAAAUGAACGCCCACUAUCCUCAGAGUGAGGUGGCCAGGGCUGAGGCAUACAACCUAGUGAAUGUGGCCAGCAACUAUCUGGUGCCCAAGGACGGCACACCGUUGGGUGGACUUAUUCAGGAUCAUGUCAUUUCGGGUGUGAAGCUCUCGAUUCGUGGGCGAUUCUUCAACCGCGAGGACUACCAACAGCUGGUGUAUCAGGGACUGAGUGACCAUAAGAAGGAUGUCAAGCUGCUACCGCCGGCCAUUCUAAAACCAGCAAGGCUUUGGUCCGGAAAGCAGGUCUUGUCCACCAUUAUUAUCAACCUUAUUCCCGAGGGAUACGAGAGAAUUAAUCUUGAUUCCUUUGCUAAAAUUGGUGGAAAGAAUUGGAAUGUGACACGCCCACGCCCGCCAAUUUGUGGCACGAAUCCCCAGGAAAACGAGCUAAGCGAAAGCCAAGUGCAGAUCCGGAAGGGAGAACUGCUUGUUGGAGUUCUGGAUAAACAGCAGUAUGGAGCCACCACUUUUGGUUUGAUCCACUGCAUGUACGAGCUGUAUGGUGGCGAUGUGUCAACACGCCUUCUUACUGCCUUCACCAAAGUAUUCACCUUCUUCCUGCAAUUGGAGGGCUUUACUUUGGGUGUCAAGGAUAUCUUGGUAUCCAGCGAAGCGGACAGAAAAAGGAGGAAUAUCAUUCGCGAGUGCCGCGAUGCGGGAAACAGUGCAGUGUCUGCUGCUUUGGACUUGGAAGAUGAACCGCCGCACGAUGAGCUGGUUGAGAAAAUGGAGGAGGCGUAUGUCAAGGAUUCCAAGUUUCGAGUGCUCUUGGAUCGUAAAUACAAAUCUCUUUUGGAUGGCUACACAAAUGACAUUAAUAAAACUUGUCUGCCCGGGGGUCUGAUUACCAAGUUCCCGUCGAACAAUCUGCAACUGAUGGUUCUAUCCGGUGCAAAGGGAUCCAUGGUGAAUACUAUGCAAAUCUCGUGUCUGCUGGGACAAAUCGAGUUGGAAGGGAAGCGACCGCCGUUGAUGAUAUCUGGCAAAUCGCUGCCCAGUUUUACUUCCUUUGAGACCUCGCCAAAGUCUGGAGGUUUUAUCGAUGGACGUUUCAUGACCGGCAUUCAGCCGCAGGACUUUUUCUUCCAUUGCAUGGCUGGUCGUGAAGGUCUCAUUGAUACUGCUGUGAAGACAUCACGUUCUGGCUAUCUGCAGCGUUGUCUUAUCAAGCAUUUGGAGGGCUUGAGUGUCCACUAUGAUCUCACUGUCCGCGACAGUGACAACAGUGUGGUGCAGUUCCUUUACGGCGAGGAUGGCUUGGACAUUCUGAAGUCCAAGUUUUUCAACGAAAAGUUCUGUGCUGACUUCCUCACACAGAAUGCCACAGCAAUACUGCGGCCCAGUCAACUGGAUUUAAUGAAGGACGAGGAGGAAUUAAGCAAAGUGCAGCGCCACGAGAAGAACAUACGCAGCUGGCAGAAGAAGAAGCCAGCCAAGCUACGUGCCGCCUUUACGCACUUCUCUGAAGAGUUGCGCAAGGAAGUGGAAGUGAAGCGACCCAAUGAGAUUAACUCCAAGACAGGUCGCCGCCGCUUCGACGAGGGCUUGCUUAAGUUAUGGAAGAAGGCGGAUGCCGAAGACAAGGCCUUGUAUCGCAAAAAGUACGCCCGCUGUCCGGAUCCCACGGUGGCCGUCUACAAGCAAGAUCUUUACUACGGUAGUGUUUCGGAGAGAACGCGAAAACUCAUCGACGAUUACGCUAAGAGAAAGCCCGAACAUAAGGAGACCAUAGCCGACAUAAUGCGGGUGAAGACCAUUAAGGCGUUGGCGUCGCCUGGUGAACCUGUAGGCUUGAUAGCCGCCCAAUCGAUUGGUGAACCUUCCACUCAGAUGACACUGAAUACUUUCCAUUUCGCUGGUCGUGGUGAGAUGAACGUGACUCUGGGUAUUCCUCGACUGCGGGAGAUUCUUAUGCUGGCCUCAUCCAACAUCAAGACACCUUCCAUGGAUAUACCAAUAAAGAAAGGUCAGCAGCACCAGGCGGAGAAGCUACGCAUAAGUCUUAACUCUGUGACUCUGGCAAACCUUUUGGAGUCUGUCCACAUCAGCACUAGUUUGAGCCUGGAGCCGGAGCGAGCCUAUGAGUACGAGAUGCGCUUCCAAUUCUUGCCCAGGGAGGUCUACAAGGAGGAUUAUGGUGUGCGACCCAAGCAAAUUAUAAAGUACAUGCACCAAACUUUCAUUAAACAACUGAUUCGAGCCAUCCUAAAAGUAUCCAGUGCCUUGAAGACAACGAAAAUAGUUGUAAUAGAUGACAAAAAAGAUGCUGACAAAGACGAGGAUAAUGAUUUAGACAAUGGCGAUGAAGCGGGUGGUCAAAAGUCUAAGGCUAAUGAUGACGAUUCAUCGGAUGAUAACGCUGAUGACGAUGACGCGACUGGAGUGAAGCUUAAGCAACGCAAGUUGGAUGAGAAUGACUACGAUGACCCAGAUGAUGUUGAGGAACUCCAUGAUGCCAAUGAUGACGACGAAGAGGCGGAUGAUCAGGAGGACGAGGAGAAGGUCAAGGAUGCUGAUGAAAACGAAGUCGACGAUAAGUCGGUGGAGAGGUUGCUGAGCAACGACAUGGUCAAGGGCUAUUCCUACGACAAGGAAAACCAUCUGUGGUGCGAGGUCAAGUUGAGCCUAAGCGUGCGCUACCAGAAGCCCGAUCUCACCUCCAUCAUCAGGGAAUUGGCUGGCAAAAGUGUGGUCCACCAGGUGCAGCACAUCAAGCGGGCCAUUAUUUACAAGGGCCAGGAUGAUGAGCAACUGCUGAAGACCGAUGGCAUCAACAUUGGCGAAAUGUUCCAGCACAACAAGAUUCUCGACCUGAAUCGCCUCUACUCUAACGAUAUCCAUAAAAUUGCCAAGACGUACGGCAUUGAGGCGGCAUCCCAGGUGAUUGUCAAGGAGGUGAGCAACGUGUUCAAGGUCUACGGCAUCACGGUGGAUCGCCGGCACUUGUCGCUGAUCGCGGACUACAUGACCUUCGACGGCACCUUCCAGCCCCUGUCACGAAAGGGCAUGGAGCACUCCUCAUCGCCCCUGCAGCAGAUGUCCUUCGAGUCCAGUUUACAGUUCCUGAGGAGCGCCGCCGGAUUCGGUCGCUCGGAUGAGCUGAACUCCCCAUCGAGUCGUCUGAUGGUGGGCCUGCCGGUGCGAAACGGCACUGGUGCCUUUGAAUUGUUGACGAAAAUUUGUUAAUAAGCUUUUUUGUAAAUAUAAUUCAGAUACAUUUUUAAAUAAACAUAGAUAAUCAAACUAUGAAGAAA